AUGGCAGAGCUAGCUCUAGGGAUUGUCGGUCUAGCUGGAACAGUUGAUGUCUGCGUCAAGCUGGGAAAAUAUUUAGUCCAAGCAUACAAGGAUUAUAGCCAAAGCGACGUCAAGCUCAAUGAGCUAUCUCUUCGUAUGGAGAUAUGCUGGCUUCGUAUCUCGAGCCAGCUGGAAGUCACGAAACACCUUGAAGGUGAGAUGGACGACGAACAGAAGGAUAUCCAAGAACGUAUUCUUUAUGUUCUUCAAUCCAAGCUACAUGCCGCUGUGGUCGUCAUUUCAAAGCCCGAUAAAGCGAGCUCCAAAACUGCCAAGAAGCUGUACUACCUGACUCUCAGAGAUGGUCUCGAACAAUCGGUGGCUGAACUUGAGUCAUGGCAAAAGAGGUUUGAGCCUACUUGGUUCCAGUUGGUCAAGGCUGCCCCAUUGACUACCAUUGACGGCAUGCAUAAGAACAUAUCACUUGGUAACUCCCGACAUGCCGCAGAGCCUACACUCGAGGCUGUGAAGUUUCGCCGUGCUUUCGAAGAUGGCCACCGACCCGUAUUCAUCGCGGAAAAGACUCUCGAGAGUCUAGAAAGACGGAGGAUCCCAUACUGCUCUGCUCAGCUUGCUGUUGACCCGACGGAGGGCAAGUAUCAUAUAAUAGAUACAGUCUCUGCCGACAUAGUCAAGGCAAAGGACGCGCGAGAUCUCGCAUCCCGUUUGCGAGACUCGAACCCGCUGAGUUCCGGAACCCUCAAGUGCAAGGGGAUUGUUCGGCAGACGAAACAAUCUAGCAUGGCAUUCAUAUUUCGAGUUCCAGACGGGUACACCAAAGUACGUAGCCUACGCGAACUUCUCCUUUCCGGCCAACCGCCCGAAUCUCUCACGAUGCGGCUUGAGAUGGCGCGUCAACUCGUGACCGCAGUCUACUUCGUUCAUCUCUACAAUUUUGUCCACAAAAAUCUCUCUCCCGAGACCAUUCUGAGUCUGGAGAAGGAAGGCGAACGAAAUGCUACUGUGUGCCUGGUCGGUUUCCAGGUUAUCCGUCAUGCAGAAGCGAAAACGAACACGUCCAAAGCAGACAGGAAGGAGAUCCUAUACCAGCAUUCAGCACGCCAGGGGAGCGAUUCGGUUGAUUUUAUAAUGCAGCAUGAUAUAUACAGUCUUGGGGUGUGCCUUCUUGAGAUAGGCCUAUGGGAGCCAUUAAUGACCUAUGCGCCCGAUGGGACACAACAAACCUCAAGAAUCAUCGAACUUGAACAAAACGAAUCGGAACAACCCGCUCCUAGUCUUAUUCAAGAGCAACUAAUCUCUUUAAGUCGGGGGAAGUUACGAGUUAUAAUGGGCGACAAAUACAGCAAGGUGGUAGACACAUGUCUAACCUGUCUGGAUGCAGGCAACACCGAUUUCGGUGAUCCUAAAGAGUUCCAGGAUGAGGACGGCGUCGAGGUUGGCGCGAGAUAUGUUAAGAAGGUCAUAGAUAUUAUUAGUGAAAUAUCUUUUUGA